AUGCGAACUUGACAGUGCCGAUUUUUUCACUCUUUUCUGCUUUUUGUGAUAUUAAAAACUAAUCAUGUCCCUGUCGAAGGCGUCCAAGGUGGCGCCGUUCCUCUUCGAGAUCGUCGGCGGCUACAUUCAGGAACUGGUGCUCAACCCUGUCAGGACGCAGGCGGCCACAAAUUCUCUGGUCUUGUUUCUGGGCAACGCGACCUCGCAGCGCUGCUACAAUGCGGGCAAACCCUUCGACAAGGACUCGGCCAUGGCCUCCACGCUUUUUGGUCUCGUUUUCGGUGGCGCCGUGCCCCAUCAUUUCUACAGGGCGCUCGACUCCUUGUCCAAAGGCAAGCAGCUGCACGGAAAAUUCUUCAGGUUUUUGGUCGAGAGGCUCGUGUUUGCACCACUGUACCUGCUCCUCAGGCUCUACAUGACUACCAUCUUCGAGGGUAAAUCACAUCGUGCCGCCUGUAAACAGGUUUUCCUCUCCUACCAAAAGCUGCUGAAGGACAACUGGGUCGCGCUGUCCAUUUUCCAGUUUUACGGCGUCAACUUCGUUCCGCCAAUUUUCCGGCCGAUUUUCUCGGGGGUGAUCGAGUUCUUCUGGACGAUCCACUUGAGCAACGUGCGCCGGGCCGUCGAGGAGAAGAAGCGGCGAUGAAAUUUGCUCAAAGCAUUCCGAACGUUAAUUGUUACGAUUGUUGAUUUUUCUGCAUUUUAUACGGGAACCUCUGAGAUAAAAUCAAAAUUGUCUUGCGGUGAAAUAUUAAAUAA